AGCAUCGACGACGAGUGCGGCAAGGUCUUCCAGCUGCUCAAGAUCCGACGGAAACACCGCUUCAUCGUCUACAAGAUCGACGCGACGACGGAGGCCGUCGUGCCCGAGACCAUCGGCCCGCGCGACAGCGGCCUGCCCGACAUGCUCGCCGCGCUCCCGGACGCCGACAGCCGCUACGUCAUCUUCGACUACGAGUUCACGACCUACGACGGCCGGCCGACGAACAAGCUCUUCUUCCUCUCCUGGUUCCCGAACAACGCGACGCCCUACUCGAAGAUGGCCUACACCCAGGCCAAGUCCAAGGUCCGCGAGGUCUUCACGGGCGUC